GAGAGGUGGGAGGUACAAAAUGAACCAAUCUAGAAGACAGGUACUUACUACUUCGUCACCAUUACUAAUGUGAACCCACCAACUACAAAUAUUCUUGACCAAGCUAAGCCAUUCCCAUUCUCUAUAAUCAAUUCCUCCAUGCCCUGAACCCUGCAGAUCCAGGCGGCCACCCAUAUAACCCAGCUCACCUAUUCCCGUUCCCAUUCCCAUUCCCUCUUCCUUUUCAAACGCGUCUUCUUACUUUAAAACUCUCCCAUGUAUUAAACCUAACCUACAGAUCUCACUCUCUCUCUCUCUCCCUCACUCCUUCUCUUUUCACUUUUCAAAACCAUGCCCACGCCUAAUCCCAAGCUACCUCUCCUUUUCAUUCUCUCUCUCAUUCUCUUUCCCAUUCACUCUUGCUCUACUCCAACCAAUGUAAAUACCAACACCACCGCUGCUGCUGCCGCCGCCGCCGCCCAUCAUUUUAGAGAAGCUCCGCAGUUCUAUAACUCCCCCGACUGCCCUUCCAUCACUACCGUCCACGACGACGACUUCGACCCCGAUGAAGAAGACGACAACAACAAUAACAACCACCACCACUUCAUGAUCUGUUCCCGCCAAGCCGUUCACGUGGCAAUGACUUUGGACACCGCCUACAUCCGCGGCUCCAUGGCUGCCAUCCUCUCCGUCCUCCAACACUCCUCCUGUCCCCAAAACGUCGCCUUCCACUUCGUCGCCUCUGCUGCAGCCAACGCGUCCCAUCUACGCGCCACUAUUGCUUCCUCCUUCCCUUACCUCACCUUCCAAAUCUACCCCUUCGACGACUCCCACGUCUCGGGACUCAUCUCCACCUCCAUCCGCUCCGCCUUGGACUGCCCUCUCAACUACGCACGUAGCUACCUCGCCAACCUCCUCCCCCUCUGCGUACGACGAGUCGUCUACCUCGACUCCGAUCUCAUUCUGGUCGACGACAUUGCCAAGCUCGCGGACAUUCCCCUCGGCGACGAGAGCACCGUCCUCGCCGCCCCGGAGUACUGCAACGCAAACUUCACUUCGUAUUUCACCACUACAUUCUGGUCCAAUCCUUCUCUCUCGCUCACGUUCGCUGACCGAAAGGCCUGUUACUUCAACACCGGCGUGAUGGUGAUCGAUCUGGAUCGCUGGAGAGGGGGUGACUACACCGCGAAAAUAGAAGAGUGGAUGCAGCUGCAGAAGAGAAUGAGAAUCUACGAGCUCGGUUCGUUGCCGCCAUUUCUUCUAGUUUUUGCCGGGAAAAUAGCGCCUGUGGAGCACAGAUGGAACCAACAUGGUCUCGGUGGUGAUAACUUCCGGGGGCUUUGCCGGAAUUUGCAUCCUGGUUCGGUGAGUCUUUUGCAUUGGAGUGGAAAAGGGAAGCCGUGGGCGAGAUUGGAAGCUAACAGGCCAUGCCCUUUGGACGCGCUCUGGGCUCCUUAUGAUCUCUUGGAAACUCCAUUUGUUUUGGACUCUUGAUUUCAGAGAAUCGGAGAUGGAUCGAGGAUGAAAUGUAUGUUUUUUUGCAGAUUGAAGCCGAAACAGUUCGUUUUGGGCGUGUGAUCUGUCAUAUUAUUGAUAAGCUACUGAUCGAUAUAUCAGUCUCGGAUGAAUCUGAUUGAAGGUAGAUCAUGGAAGAAGAAAGAUCAUUAUUCAUUUGUAAUGUCGUUUGUAGAUUAUACAGGUACAAACUCAACCAUAUUAAAAUUUGUGUCAAAAGAAAACAAGAAAAUUAGUCCAGAAAAAACAGAAGCAAUAAAUGGACUAAUUCAUGAACUUCUGCCACCAUUGUAUUGUGUAAUAUACUUCAAAUUAAUUGUAUCAUAUAGAGUCUGUAAUCAAUCCCUGUAUAGAAAAUGAGCUAUUUUUGGGUGGCUUGACGAAUUCAUGAUGUUUGGUAAAUAAUAUCAAUCAAGUUUCUUAAUGUA